UAAUUAUUUCGCAAAUUAUUUGCGUUAUAUAUCCAGUUACUCUCUCACACUCAACUAUGACAGUCCCAACUCUCCCACUAGAGUACAAUCUACACUAAUCUACAAUGUUCGUUCGUUAUAUGAAAGCUUGGAUAUUAAUAAGAAGUGAAUCAAACUAGGCAAUCCUUCCAGGGCAGCUGUCCCCAAAACCCAAAUGGCUGCUUCUUCACUCAUUUCCACAAACUUCCGCUCUUCCCCAACUUUCUCUCCCGUUCCCUUGUUUUCUCGCUUUCCAAACAGAAAGCUCAUUACUUUUCCUCUCUCCAAAUCCAUUUCCCUCCACAAAUCCCCCAGCUCAACAGGCUCACCUAUCCUCUCCCUUCUUCACCACAAAACCCAGAAAAGGUCUUUGAUCCCGUACAAGACUUACUGUCCUCCAUGCCUCCACAAGCUUCUGCUUACCACCAAGAACCCCUUCUCGACCGCCUUGGAUUCUCUGCUCAUUCUCUGCACUUCGGUAGCUCUAGCUUUGUCCCUCUUCAUCGCCGAUGUGGAUCCGGCCUCGGCUUUCGUGGUCACUCCUCCGAGAAAGUUGCAAUCCGAUGAGCUCGCUACGGUUCAGCUCUUUCAGGAGAACACUCCCUCAGUUGUUUACAUCACCAAUCUUGCAGCCAGGCAGGAUGCGUUUACUUUGGACGUGUUUGAGGUACCGCAGGGGUCUGGGUCAGGCUUUGUGUGGGAUAAAGACGGUCACGUUGUCACCAAUUACCACGUGAUUCGUGGUGCUUCUGAUCUCAGGGUCACACUUGCUGACCAGUCAACUUUUGAUGCAAAAGUUGUUGGAUUUGACCAAGACAAGGAUGUUGCUGUUUUACAUGUUGAUGCACCCAAAGACAAACUAAGGCCUAUACCUAUUGGUGUCUCUGCAGACUUGCUUGUUGGUCAGAAAGUGUUUGCUAUUGGCAAUCCUUUUGGGCUUGACCAUACUCUUACAACUGGUGUUAUCAGUGGGCUUCGCAGAGAAAUUAGUUCUGCUGCUACUGGCCGUCCAAUUCAAGAUGUUAUACAGACAGAUGCUGCCAUUAAUCCUGGUAAUAGUGGGGGCCCACUUCUAGAUAGCACAGGAAGCCUUAUCGGGAUAAAUACGGCUAUAUAUUCACCUUCUGGUGCAUCAUCAGGUGUUGGAUUUUCAAUUCCAGUUGACACUGUAAAUGGUAUUGUUGACCAGUUGGUCAGAUUUGGGAAGGUCACUAGACCUGUUUUAGGAAUUAAGUUUGCACCUGAUCAAUCUGUUGAACAGUUGGGGGUUAGUGGAGUGCUUGUCUUAGACGCACCAGCAAAUGGUCCAGCUGGCAAAGCGGGACUGCUACCAACCAAGCGUGAUGCCUAUGGCAGACUCAUCUUGGGUGACAUUAUAACAUCUGUGAAUGGUAAAAAGGUCAGCAAUGGCAGCGACUUGUAUAGAAUUCUCGACCAAUGUAAAGUGGGUGAUAAGGUGACUGUGGAGGUGUUGCGUGGUGAUAAAAAGGAGAAGAUCCCUGUUGUACUUGAACCAAAGGCUGACGAGACAUGACCAAUCAAAUGCUUUGAUUUGUGUAUGUAAAAUGGGACGAAUCGCCUCUGAUCUAAUGAAAUUCUCGGUUAACCAAGAAAAAUGGGACAGAUUAUCAUUUGUUUUUGGGCAUUGAUGGUUUUAUUUAAGAGGGUCCGGUUGUACAUAUAUCUGUGAACAAUUGUAAUUAAUCAUCAUCCUUGAUAUGGCAGUUCCACGUUUAUGAUGUAGAAGAACUCUCUGAGCAACUUUUGUAUAUCUGCACAACAUCGUGUUUAUAAUGCUUUUGACAAGAACAGGGAUUGUAUUGACGGAGAAUGCAUUGUCCGUCUGCUUCAACCAAGAAUUCGAUACAUCUUUUAUU